UACUGCUCCUUAUGUACUCACAUGACUGUCAGACUGCACCAUGCUUCGCCUGCUGCUCUUCUGUCUGUUUACACUGUCCGGUGUUUUUGCCGGACGCUAUUUUAACAGCGAUGAGCCGUGUUUCAGACCUCUACCCAGAAGAAGUCAACUGGGCGUCAAGACUAUUCCUCGUCUUCAUGAAACUGUGAAUGUUCAGAACCUGCCUAAAGCCUGGGACUGGAGAAAUGUCAAUGGCACCAACUUUGUCAGUACUACUCGCAAUCAGCACAUCCCCCAGUACUGUGGAUCAUGUUGGGCUCACGGUAGCACAAGUGCACUUGCAGAUCGCAUUAACAUCAAGCGGAAGGGAGCAUGGCCUUCUGCAUAUCUCUCUGUCCAGAAUGUUAUUGAUUGUGGGGACGCUGGGUCCUGCCAUGGAGGCGAUCAUUCAGGCGUGUGGGAGUAUGCUAACCGCCAUGGCAUACCUGAUGAAACAUGCAACAACUACCAGGCAAAAGACCAAAAAUGCAAGCCAUUUAAUGAGUGUGGCACGUGCACUACAUUUGGCCAGUGCAAUGUUGUGAAGAAUUACACUCUCUGGAAGGUUGGAGACUAUGGGGCUGUCAGUGGCCUGGAGAAGAUGAAAGCUGAGAUUUAUGCUGCAGGACCCAUCAGUUGUGGAAUAAUGGCUACUGACAAACUGGAUGCGUACACUGGGGGAGUAUACUCUGAAUAUGUACAGGAUCCCUUUAUUAACCACAUUGUGUCUGUGGCUGGCUGGGGCGUUGAUGAGAACGGAGUGGAGUACUGGAUUGUCCGUAACUCCUGGGGUGAGCCAUGGGGUGAGAAGGGCUGGUUAAGGAUUGUGACUAGUGCUUAUAAAGGUGGCAGUGGGAGCCAUUAUAACCUGGCACUUGAAGAAGACUGCAUGUAUGGAGACCCUGUUUUGCCAAAAGGGUACAUAUCAUGAUCUGGAAUACACAUGGAGAGCACCCAGAUUCACCUGCAACACUGGAGUUGUUUCCUAAAUCUACUAAAGCCUUAUUUCAAUUGAUUUAGGCAGGGAGUGUCCGUGUACUCAUUGUCAUUUCUGCAAACAGCUAUGCAAUGUUUUUAUAAGUUUAUGAAAUUGGAUGAUUCACUAUGUUUUGAUAAUGAUUGUUAUAGCUAUGUACAUGAUUGUUUUUAAUUUUUUAAUGCAUUUUUUAAACCAGUGAUUUCUGGACCAUGUUGAACAUGCAGUGUUUUACAGCAGUCAAUAAAAGUAAUAAAGUAUAUAAAAAUGCUCUAAAUACAA